GGGAAGAUGUAGCUGCCUCUUCUCCAAGCCACCCCUUUGCCUCCGGACUUCUCUAGGGCCAGCAGCCGCCUGACCUGGGGCCCGGGGCCGCGGGCUUAGCUGACUACCAUGGGCUCUGUGUCAAACCAGCAAUUUGCAGGUGGCUGCGCUAAGGCGCCGGAGGAGGCGCCGGAGGACGCGGCCCGGGCGGCAGAGGAGCCGCAGCUGCUGCACGGUGCCGGCAUCUGCAAGUGGUUCAACGUGCGCAUGGGGUUCGGCUUCCUGUCCAUGACCGCCCGCGCCGGGGUCGCGCUCGACCCCCCGGUGGACGUCUUUGUGCACCAGAGUAAGCUGCACAUGGAAGGCUUCAGGAGCCUGAAGGAGGGUGAGGCAGUGGAGUUCACCUUUAAGAAGUCCGCCAAGGGCCUGGAAUCUAUCCGAGUCACUGGCCCUGGAGGGGUGUUCUGUAUUGGGAGUGAGAGGCGGCCAAAAGGGAAGAACAUGCAGAAGCGUAGAUCAAAGGGAGACAGGUGCUACAACUGUGGAGGUCUAGAUCAUCAUGCCAAGGAAUGCAAGCUGCCACCCCAGCCCAAGAAGUGCCACUUCUGCCAGAGCAUCAGCCAUAUGGUGGCCUCGUGUCCACUGAAGGCCCAGCAGGCACCCAGCUCACAGGGAAAGCCAACCUACUUUCGGGAGGAAGAAGAGAUCCAUAGCCCUGCCCUGCUCCCGGAGGCCCAGAAUUGAGCCACAGUGGGUGGGGGAAGGGGGCUAGCCUUUUGUGAUCAGGAAGUUUCAAGGAGCAGGCAUCAAUCGGCAGAAUGGAGAAAGUGGGGACAGGGUGGGUAAGGGGCAGCUGGCACUGCCAUGUAUCUCAGGCCAGGGUCCACAGCAUCACUCCUUCUUCCCUCUUGGCAGGGGCAAAGGAGUGAAGCAAAAGAACUCCAACCAUGCUCUAUUCAAAUGCAUGUGAGGGAUUUGGGGGAGAUCCCUCCCCUGCAGUGCUUUGUCUGAGUCUCCAGACCCAGAAUCUCCAGCUUUUGAUAGUAAGCUGGAUAUAGGGAUGUUGUUUUCCUUUUAAAGAAGGAUAAGUAAUAUUUCCAAUGCCAGAGUGAAAAGAUAAAGCAUGAGACCAAACUGAUGGACCCAACCCACAAAUGACUACAUUCCAUGGGAGGGAAUCUCUCAGGGGUAAGGCAGGGUUUUUCCACAUCUUGUCAUCACAUAACCCACUCUUGGGAUAGGGUGCUGAGACUGUCCCAAGCAGUGAGUUGUGACGAUAGGCAAAAACAGUGGUUAGGGGAACGGCUGCAAACCUGCUGCUCCUAAGCUCACUUCCAACCCAUUCUGGGCCAAUACAAUUUUAUUUAUUUGGUCCCUUGGAUAACUGCACCUUGGGUCCCACUUUCUCCAGGAUGCCAACUGCACUAGCUGUGUGCGAAUGACGUAUCUUGUGCAUUUUAACUUUUUUUUCGUAAUAUAAAUAUUCUGGUUUUGUAUUUUUGUGUAUUUUAAUCUAAGACCCUCGUUCCUGCACUGUGUUCUCAGGUACAAGAGCAAUCUCAGGGAUAAGUGGACAGCAGCUCCGGGUCUGCACAGUAGGAAUAUUUUUUGUUGUUUUAUCACCAGGGAAAACAGCUAUUUGGAGUAUAUAGCCUAUUGAACUACCUCAUUUUUGCCAAUUAGAGCUGGCUUUUCUGCCAUAGUGUCCUCUUGAAACCCCUCUACUUUCAGUGUUUCGUGGAAGACUAGGUUGGCCCCAUGACUUGAUCUACUGGAAUAUUAGAAAUUAGUCUGAACAGGAAUGGGUGGUGCAGAGGUUAGGAGAGGCCGAGCCAGGUAAAAGGUGCAGAGGGGAAGCCAAGAUUAGG